GAUUGGUCCUCGCUGCUGUCACUCCAUAAGCAACUGGUUUGCUCGUUGUGCCGAGUUUUUGUUCAUAUACCACUGAUGAGCCCCCCGCCCGGAUAACAUAAUACUGUCCCCUACGGUGAAGCCCAUUACAGCCAGGACUCUGACUUUGCUUUCCCUUCACCGGCCCGUCCUCUUUGUCAUCACACGCUCAGCAGCCAGAAGAAGAAGAAAAUGGCGACAAACAGGAAGAGGGAAUCCUGCCAAUUGUAAUUUCCAUUGUUGAGGUUGCCGUUGCCUUGGGGAUCACCUGCGUACUGGUCUGUUAAGAAUUCUCAUUGACGGAACCUUUUGUCAAGCUGCGUUGAAAAACAAGAUCCAGAUCAAGGAGCAAAUGCCCAAGUAUUUUAUGGGGGAAGUGCAGCUCUGCACCACAAACUGUGCUCUCAAAGAACUGGAAACACUCGGGAAGGAACUUUAUGGCGCAAAAAUUAUCCUGCAGCGGUAUCAAGUGAGGAAAUGUGCACAUUUCAAGAACCCUGUAUCUGCUUCUCAGUGUCUGCUGUCCAUGCUGGAGGACACAAAUCCACAUCACUACUUUAUUGCCACACAGGACCACACGCUAACAACCAGCCUUAAAAAGAUCCCAGGCGUGCCUCUGCUCUACAUCAUCCUCAACACCAUCGUGCUGGACAAACCCAGCCAGCCAUCGCUCGAGCACGUCCAGGCCGUCCAGCUGGGGGAACUCGUGACCCCGAGCCAGCAACAGAGCCUCCGCAGCAUGAAGGUGGAGCAAGGCAUCGUGGCGCAGAAGGCGAGACGGGGGAUCAAGAGGAAGAGGAAACCGCACAACCCGAACCCUUUGAGCUGCCUGAAGAAGAAGAAGAAAGGCAUGCCGACGCCGCCGCUUCAAAAAAGCGAACCGGGUCAGAAGAAAAGUCGGAGCCGACACAAGAAGCGAAGGACUGAUGGAGUUGGAGAUGCGCUCCCAGGACCUGCAGCUGGCCCAAACCCUCCUGGGACUCAACACCGAGAUCCAAAGACUAAGAAGGGAGAGUUACGGAGGCGUGGAGGAAUUCGGAGAUUAUCAGCCAUAAGGAUGAUAAAAUGUAAAAAAAAAAAUGGACAGUUACCCAUAAAGUAAGCAGGGUAUGUUUGCAUGAUGAAUUGCACUUACACCCACAAAUAAAAUAGAUUGUAUCUUUUUACUGUACAAGCUUGGCAAUGCAUGCACGUUGCAAAUUGGGACAAUAUAUGAAUCAUAACAAUGCAAAAUAUCAUAUUUUAAUACAUAAUAAAAUAAAUAUUAUAGGCUGCAAUUUAACUAACACAACCUGCCUUAAUAAUAGGCAGCAGCUGUACCAUUACACUGGAAAAGG